UCAGCUUCCCUCAGAGAGAAGAUGGAUUUCUUAUCAGGGGAGAAGCUCUGCUGCCUGGUCUGUCAGGACAUCUACAGAGAUCCCGUCGUUCUGACGUGCAGCCACAGCUUCUGCAGAGACUGUCAGCAGAGCUGGUGGAGGCAGAAGAAAUCACGCGAGUGUCCCAUUUGUAAAACGAUAUCUUCAAACAAAAAACCGCCUGUAAGUCUGGUCCUGAAGAACCUGUGUGAGGCCUUCUUACUGGAGAGAGACCAGAGGAUGUCAGAGGACUUCUGCAGUCUGCACAGUGAGAAGUUCAAACUCUUCUGUCUGGACCAUCAGGAGCCCGUGUGUCUCGUCUGCAGAGAUUCAGAAAAACACUCCGAGCACAGACUCAAACCCAUCGAAGAGAUUGCGCAACAACACAAAAAGAACCUUCAGGAAGCUCUGGAGCCCUUAAAGGAGAAGCUGAAGGAUUCUGAACGAGUUAAAGUGAAGUUUGAUCAAACAGCAGAUCACAUUCGGGUUCAGGCCCGACACACAGAGAGGCAGAUUAAGGAGCAGUUUAAGAAGCUUCACCAGUUUCUAGAAGAGGAAGAGGAGGCCAGGCUGUGUGCACUGAGGGAGGAAGAGGAGCAGAAGAGUCAGAGGAUGAAGGAGGAGAUGGAGGCUCUGAGCAGAGAGAUAGCAGCUCUUUCACACACAGUCAGAGACACAGAGGACGAGCUGAGAGCUGGAGACGUCUCAUUCCUGAAAAACUACAAGGCUGCAGUGGAAAGAGUCCAGCAGCGCCCCCUGCUGGAGGAUCCACAGCUGCCCUCAGGAGCUCUGAUAGACCAGGCCAAACAUCUGGGCAACCUGAGCUUCAACAUCUGGAACAAGAUGAAGGACAUGGUCUCCUACAGUCCGGUCAUUCUGGACCCAAACACGGCUGGUACUAGACUCACUCUGUCUGAAGAUCUGACCUCUGUGAGACGAGAAGAUACGCAGCAGCUUCCUGAUAAUCCAGAGCGGUUUAAACACGUUCGCUGCGCUGUCCUGGGCUCCGAGGGAUUUAAUUUAGGGACUCACAGCUGGGAUGUGGAGGUCGGAGACAGUAGGUACUGGAUUCUGGGUGUGUUAGCGGAGUCGGACCAGUGGAAAGAAAACAGUGAGUCUGGAUUUUGGAGAGUAGAGUGUCUUGGAGGUAUUCACUCGGCUCGCUCACCGUCGGCUCCUCCCACUCAUCUGGUGGUCCAGCAGCAGCUCCAGAGGAUCAGAGUGAACCUGGACUGUAACAGAGGAGAGCUGUCCUUCUCUGAUCCUGAUACUAACACACACAUACACACCUUCACACACACCUUCACUGAGACGAUGUUUCCAUACUUCAGCAUCGUGGAUAAACUCCCACUGAAGAUGUUACCACUGAAGGUCUGAAAGGUGUCUGUGUAUAUUUGAAUACUUUAACAUGUAAACUAUGAGUUCAAAUAUCAUCAGCAUCAAACUGAAUCAGAAGCCAGCAGGUUCCUGUUCACUCGAUUAAUAUGUCAACGCGGCCGCCAUGUUGGUGAAGGGAGCUGCGCCUCCACAUGAAGUUUAGACUCUGACAGCAGGAGGUCCACCAACAAUUAAAAAUAUUAAAUGUG